UAUAAAAUUUCUCUUAUAUUACUUUUAGUAUAGUACGUUUGUAAAAAAUUACAAUUAUAUAUUUAAUAUAUACUACAAUUAAAUAACUUAUAUGUAGUUUGUGUUAUGAUGAUAUAUUUUGUUUGUCUUCUUACUUACAUUAUAUGCUUUCUACAUAUUACAAGUGAUAUGGUGGAACUAGUGACAUGUUAAGCAGGGAAGAUUUUCAAUUGAUGAAUAUAAACGUAUGAAAUUUAUUUUGAUUAAAAAUAAAAUUAUUAGGAUGAAGAUAGAAAAUUUUGCAUAAAUUAAUAAAUCGUAAAAUGACGAAUUGGGACAUGUAAUAUAUUUUUAAUUGGAGUAAAAAAUAAUUGAUUUAUUUAUUCUUUUAUUAGAAGAGAAGUGAGAAAUCUUUGUGACCAGUUAAUUCGUCCUCCCUGAUUAACAGAAAGUAUAUAUAGUGUAUUAUAUUUAUAUUUAGGAUAUUUAUUUAUAUAUAUAAGUACUAUAUAUUGCAUAAUUUGUUUUUGUUUUUAAAUGUUUCGUUUUAAUCAUGGCGCGUUAAAAAUGCGCAAGUAUAUGAGCGCCAUCUAUUUAUCAUUCUGGAAAGAAUGUCUAUCAUUCUCUGUACGGAUAAAGUUAGUUCUUCUAUCAUACGUAUACGUUUUAUAUAAAAAUUAUGAUGGCAAGCAAAGGAUGGAAGGUCGUACGACCCCAUGUGCCACUGAUAAAGUUUCGUAAAGGAGGUUUAAAUAGAGGUGCGAGUGCGGCUCCAUCUGCGGCUUCAGGGACUGCAUCAGCUACUGGACGUGCAACUGGACCCCAGGUAAUCGUUUUGCCAACUAUAGAUGAUAUUCAUCUACCAUCAAGAUUUCAUCGGCGACCUAUCGACGAGAAAGAAAUUGAGUAUAUUAAUCAGGUGCCUAAGUUUAUCGAUGCUUCCCUAUACCAUGACAGAAAUAGCAGACGACAGUGCGCUCGGCUGCGCAGCGAACGACGACGACGACGACGUCCAUCCAUCCGCAAACAAGUACUGGAUGUGAUUAACGGAGGUUCAUAAUCGUGUCAUAGUUUAUCGAAAUCGCGAAAUUAAUAUACACGAACGACGUAAUCGAUACGAAAAAUGUCUGAGAUAACAGAUUUUGGUCCAAGAAAAACGAUUUUUAUAUUGGCUAUUGUGGCUGGAUGCUUUGCGGUAUUGUGGCCAAAAAUCUUUUAUCCCAUGCUCACAGCUUCUGUCAAUUCACAUCAUUCGUCUUCUGAUG